AUGGGGAGGUUGGAAAUCGAACUUGAUGACAUUUCACCAGUUGAGAUGGACUUAAAUGAGGAUGAGCCUGAUGUUGAUGAAGGUGAAGGUGAAGGUGUUAAUGAUGGGAAUGAGGAUGCUAAUGAUGUUCUAAAUAAUGAGGUUGCUGAUGAUGGGAAUAAGGUUGUUGAUGAUGGGAAUGAGGCUGAUGAUGAAGGCCAUAUGAUAAUGCCUAAGACAAGGAAAAGAAAGCCAUCAGAGAGGAUCACUAAACUGAAGCUUAAAAAGGCAGUUUUUGAUAAAGAUGGGGGUGGUUCCACAUGUUCAAAUCCACUGAAUUUGGAGUAG